AUGCCAUCGCGGGCACACAGUGGGCUCUAUUUGCAUAAUGCUGUUGGGGGCCCUGUGCUUCUCUUGAACCCGAAUGCAGCAAGAGGGAGGAAGCAAUUAUUAAGCUGUAGACAUUGGCAAGCAGAGAGACCUCAGAUAGAUUUCGCCUCCAAACCUCAUUCACCGCCCGGGCUGCUCAUUACCCAAGGCCUGGAUCCCAGGCUGACAGAGGAUCUGAGGGCCAGGAAAAUCAGUGAGUUGUUUUCUCCAGGUUCUGUCUAGAGCCAGGCCCAGGCCGAAUGUGGGUGA